AUGUAUAACGAAAAGUAUGCACUGGAUUUCCCCAAUUCCAACUACUUGUCCAAUUUAAACAACCUUAAUGGAACAAAUCAGAACAUACACCUUAAUCGGUUACCUACUUUAGGGGAAAUUCUAGCUAACAAAUCUAAAUCGCCGGUUGAUUUAUUUACAUUUUACCAAUUUAUGCAGGAUGUGGAAGGAAGAGUCGAUUAUUUGGAUUUCUGGUUUGAUCUAAUCAAUCAUUUGAAUUUAUGUAAGCAUUAUGUCAAGGGCUUGAGAGAUUCAAUUGUACGUCAAUCGUCGCAUUUCCAAUCAAAUUCCCAACAUCAAUCGCAGCAAAUACGUGAUGAUAGAAGUGUGACAUCGGGUACCAAUCAUCAGACACGUAAUAGCAUGUCGUCUCGUCCCAAUUCAGCAACAACGCCAACUGGAGGCACGUUUCUUUUCCGAAACUCAAACCCAAUAUCGGAAAAGUCAAAACACAAGUCGUUAAGUUCAUCAAUUUUGCUUGACUUGAUUAUCAAUGAUAAUAUUCUUGAAGAAAAUGAUUCGCAUCGAUUGUCGGCUUUUUUAAGAGGUGAUAUAAAUUUGGAUAAUCUAGAUCCCAAAUUAAAAGACCUUAUUGAGCAAUAUAACGCCGAGAUUGAAGCUAACGAAAAUGCCAAUAGAGGUGUUGGUACAUCUGCGCAAAAUCAACACUCUCCUGGCUACAGCAGUGGGAUGGGAAAGUCAUCGCCCAGCUUUUUGUCAAACUCAAGAAUGUCUGGCUCGUCGUUCCAUCCACCAAACCAUCCACACGAAGCAAAGAGAGUUAGUUCACACUCGGCGUUGUUGAAUCGGGAUCAUGAUGAUGAUGAUGAUGACGAAGGUGAUAGCAUUGAUCAUUUCCUUCAUUCCAACGAUUCUUCCUACGAAAACCAAUUGGACAUUGGUCAAGCGGACCAAGCAGUCAAUCCAUCCAAAUAUGUGUCCUUACACCCAGGUAAAAAAUCAGAUACCAGCAUUGACAAAUUGAAGCAGGACUAUCCUCAGCCUCAGAGUCCUUAUGCCAGGCAUUUCAGUGGCAGUAACAAUCGCCAUUCAAAUAGACGUGAGUCUACCGUCAAUCCUUCGCUUUUGGAGAGGUUGAUUAGAGAUUCUCCUGCCACUUCGAACGGGUCUUUCAUCAACAGAGAAAAUUUAAGAGAGUCGUCUCACAAUUUGCUAUUGAAAUAUUUCGUUGAAGAUUCUGAAAAGAAUUUAAACUUGCCUCCACAAGUGAAUGCCUAUAUAAUCAAGCUGAUUGAAGUGGAUGGCCGUGAUGACCCAGAUGUGUUCAAUUAUGUUAAGCACUAUGUGUUUAACAGGUUAGAAAAUGAUCAUUUACCUAAAUUUCUCGAUUUCAUGGCCACCAGAAACAUCAAUCAUUCAAAUUUCGCAAGAAUUGUUGUCGGAUUUUUCUUGUUAUUCAUUGCCUUUUGGGUUAGUUUCAUAUUGGUCUUUUUGAAUUACCGCAAAGGGUUGAGACCAGUGAUUGUGUUGCCCUAUUUAUUUGCGUUUUAUUUGAUUGUGUCGUCGAUCUAUUUAAUUGAUCCAGUAAUGGCUUGGUUUGGAAUACUGGAGACAUUUUCGAAAAAGAAUGGACAGUCAUUGAUUAGAGUACGUGAAAAGUUCGUUUAUCAAUUCAUCUUGAAGAGAAGUUUAUGGGUGUUGUUUUUAAUUUUGAUCUUUACUGCCGCUAUGACAGUCUUGUUUAGCUUAGUUCCUGGCCAUCGCUUAUAG